AUGGGUCUGUACAAGCUUGCUGCUAAACUGAAAGCCACAAAAACGGCUCUGAAGUUUUGGAACAAGCAAGUAUUUGGUAGGGUGGAGAACGCUAUAUCGGAGUUGGAGGAGAAAGUUGAGACACUUGAGGCUGAAUUGCAAAUGAACACUUCAGAGUCUUUGGAAAAUGAAUUCCUAGAAACCAAAAUGGAGCUCUUACAGUGGCAAAAAAGAGAAGAAAUAUGCCUGUCACAACAGGCUAAGAAAAAAUGUCUUAAUGAGGAUGACAAUAAUACAAAGUUCUUUCAUGCAAGUAUUGCACAGAAAAGGAGGAGCUCGAAGAUAGAGAAUAUGCUCUUGUCAAACGGGACAGUAUUAUCGUCUCCCAAAGAGGUACAUGAUGCAGCGGUACAUUAUUUUCAGAACUUCCUAACAGAGUCACAUACAGAGCCUCUACCCAACCUUUCAGAGUAUAUUGGGGAGUGUAUUUCUUCUGAUGAAGGGGAUCAAUUAUCUAAGGGUUUAGUGGAUGUUGGAAGUUUGGGUCGUGUAGGCUCAAGGUUUUGGAAAGCUGUGGUAGAUUGUUUCCCUGAUGUGGUUGCUAAUAGCCAAUGGAAGAUAAAAGAAGGAAAAAUAUCAUUUUGGUAUGAUAACUGGUUAGAGGAGGGGCCCACUUUGCCAAAGAGUGGAACAUAUUGUCCAACCUAG